ACUUCAAAUCGUCUCCUCUAAGUGUCGUUUUCAAUCGAAAAAAGUUAAAAUUUGUCAGCUUUUGUGCUUUUCAAAUGCUUUUUAACUCCAUUUUAUUGCAAGUAUUGUUUUUCCGUCAUUGAAACAACUACAUUUGAAUAUUUACACCGGCUUGUCUUUGAAAAUGUCCCGAUGCUCCAUCAAUAUCUUUUCCUGUAGCCUAAUGGUUUUUAUUCUGCUUCCAAGUGCAUAGCUCAAAUUUGCCUCGUUCUCGAAGUUUAAACAACUGACAUACAAUCAUGAACUGCGAUGAAAGGUUGGCUGAAGAACUGGAAGCGUUACAAGCAAUCCUCAUGGAUGAAAUCAUCAUCAAAACUGACUCCGACGGAAAUCCAACUGGCAUAGAAAUGGAAGUCUUACCAGUCACGGAUCUAGACACAGAUGAACAGUAUGUGACUCUAACACUAGAUGUGACCCUUCCUGUUGGUUAUCCAGAUGUCACCCCCAUUGUCAAAUUCCGUAAUCCGCGGGGAUUGGCUGAUUCCACGUUAGAUCUUCUGAAGGAGCAAAUCUCAAAUAAAUGCGCUGAGUACUCUGGCUCACCAGUUUUAUACGAAAUUAUUGAGUUGGUCAGAGAAGGCCUCACUGCCAGUAACAUUCCCUGCUGCCCUUGCUGCAUUUGCCUGUAUGGAUUUCGACCAAGUGACCAUUUCACCAAAACGCAGUGCUAUCAUUAUUUUCAUUCCAAUUGUCUGGCCAACCACAUCAUCUCAUCAGAGCAGAUUUUCAUAGAGGAGCAAGACAAGCUACCUCCAUGGCAGAAGACGGAUGAAUUCCAUCCUGUUUGUCCUGUAUGUCGAGCCAACAUAAAAUGUGAUCUGGAAGCGCUGAAAGCAGCCCCUCCAUCAUUAGACUUAACUGAAGCUCCGCAGAAAUUUGAACCAAGUGAGGAACUGAGACUGUUACAGCAACGGAUGUCCGAGCUGUUUAAUCAGCAAAAACAAAGAGGCGGCACAAUCCAACAGCCCAAUAAUACUAUCAUUCUGUCAAGCAAUGUCGCAGCAGCAGUGGCCGAAAGAGAAAGCUGACGGUCAAUACAUUGACCUUUUUACUCAUCACCAUCUGGUCAUUUCGCAUUGCAAGAGAAUAUUUCAAAUCAUCAGUGUCUCUAACGCUCGCUUUUAUUUCUACACUUCUUUUAGUUGUGAUUUCCAAUUAUUCUUAAUCGCACAGCUAUAGCAGUUUCUUGGUAAUUUAAGGUUCUGGGAUCAAGUUCCCUAGGAACUGAUGUUCUGUUAAGUGAGUCUGUUGUACGCAAAAGAUGCAUCCAAGUGAAUAGGAUUUUUUGUAGGUAAAAUUGCAUAAAAUUCACAAAGUACACAUCCAAAAAGUCUGAAAUUUACUCCUUAGCACGCAAUCUGCAUAGUUUGCGUUUAUUGCAUUGUGUUAGUUGUGUUUAUUGUGUUAGUUGCAUUUAUUUGCCAAUUUCUCUUUCAAUAGACCCGUCAAGCAAAAAUGUAUUUUACAGGGCUACAAUUCUAAUUCUAAAUCGUAAUCCUGAAUGAACGCACCUUAGUUUUUUUACCAUAGUUUUUUUGAAUGAGAUCUGUCAUCCAUGGUUCAUUAUAAAUUUUCGUACAAUGGAAAAAUUCACUUUUCAUACGUGAUAAUUUUGAAGUUGAAGUAUCCUCAUUUUGCACCUCUUUCUAUUGAUGAAAUGAAGGAAAAAUUUGUUAAAAUUCUGAUAUUUUCUGACAGAGAGCUAUCUUAUUAUGUAUUCACCACAGUAAUACUGUCAUAUUUGAGCUUUAAUUUAUUGCUAUAACAUUGUUGCAACAUUUUGAGUCUUGUACAGUUCAUUUUUUAAGGAAAAGUAUUCAGCUUUCUUUCCCAGAACACAUUUAUGUUCUCAAUUGUAGAGUAGCUUUGAUCAAGACAAAAUUAAAAGCUGUCACAAAAAAUGAGGCUGCACCGGCCCCACAUUUUUUGGCGUAAUGUUUUUUGUAUUAAAAUUUGUUAGUGACACCAUGAAAAUGCUAAAAACAUGCUAGAGUUUAAAAGGAUGUAGUAAUGUAUAUUUCCUCGGAUGACAGGUAUCAUUUACUUGUUCCUUAAUCGAAAUUUCAUGUAAUGUACGAUGGAGGCUUCAAAACUUUCCUAAUUUAACUCAUAAGUGAGAAAGUAACAGUUCUGGUCUAUGUUCAUUCACACAACAAUAAGCAAUCAAGCAUUAAUAUAAUUUCAGUUUAUUUUACAACAGGAUAAUCGUCCUGUCUAUUUAAUAACUUUUUUUGACAGAUUAAAAGUACCUUGUACCAGAAGAGGAAGACAAUCUGUGUGAAACGGAGCUCUUCUUAUUCACCUAACACAUAGGUUGAUUUCAAUGCCUUAUUUAGUCUGCGUUGAUUAUGAUUUUUUUGAUGAACAGGAAGUUUGAAUUUAUUAUCUACAAUGUAAACCACAAACGUAAACUUUUCACUUAUGACUUAAUUUUGGAAAUUUUGUAUGUAUAUAAAACGUUUUUUCGGUUAUUCCAAUGAAGCCGCAUGCCUUUUAGACGUCUAAUUCCUACCCUAUCUUGGGGUCCAUUGCAAUAAAGUUCUAAACAGUUAUCGGGGCAUGCAAAUGGCUGAGAAAUUUUUGCCCUCAGAGAAAGUGAAGGAAGGGUAAAAAUGUUAAGCAAAAAUGCAAGAGAAAUUAUAGAAAAUUUGUCAGAAAGUCAGGUAAUUUUUUUUCUUCCUGAAACUUGUAGACACAUGCAGCAAUCUCGGUAGCAAAUUGUAUUAUCAUGGCUGUCACUGAGAAUUUCGCAUAAAAAAACUAACGGGCUUGUGUAUUUUUCAUGUAAUGUAUACUUACUUGCUCUUAAUCAUAUUUUGAAAAUUUUGUGAACUGAAACAGUUUUUCAAGUUUAUAGGAAACUAUUUCAGCAGGAUACCUGUUUGCUGUAGAUUUUGAGGUAGUGGUUAAUUUACUCAUUUUGUGAUCUUUUUUUUCUUCAAAUUUUUCUUUUUGUUCAAAAUUGUAUACUUAUUUUCCAUAUACAUCAUUGGGCCAGUGAACAAUCGAAAUAUGAAGCAAGUAUCUAUUUUUUGAAACUGAAA